AUGGCAGGCUCGGCGGUUGACCUCGCUUAUGAGUUUGACGCCAAGAAGUUUGUCGAUUUUACCGACCCCGCAUUCAUCAGUGGUACCGAUGGCCCCACCGAACCCGAGCUCAACAACUGGUUUGCAAACCGACGCUCCAUCUCCCAUCGCCCGGCGGGCGAGAGCUUGAUCGAAGAGGACGAGCCGGCAAAAGAAAAUGAACAAGAGUCAGAGAAUAGCAUGGUCGCUGAUGGUGACACAUCUAUCGCGUCCAGCUCGGCCAGCCGACCCGUCUCUGCUGCCUCCACUAGCCACGAGUCACUGCUUGAUGCCGCCCCUGAGGUGACAGCACCCGAGGCACCACAACAAUCAAACCAGGACCAAACGGCCGAUGUCUUGCCCGCCCACGACGACGGCGCCCAACCCCCUAAAAAGAGCAAGCCCCGCAAUCUGCGUGGUGCUUGGUCCUCCAAGAGCAACAAGGCCACGACAAAGCCAGAAGCAGCUCCCGCCCCAACCAAGACGCGCUCGGGUAGCGCGAAACGCAAGGCCGCAGCUUCGGGUGCCAAAAAGGCACUGACCGCCUCCGUGUCCUCCUCGUCUGUGCGCCAGACUCGCAGCAGCUCCCUGCGCAGGAAAAAGGUGUCCUCUACCGAAGCCGAGGCCCCAGCCCCCACCAAGUCGCGCGUGGCUAGCGUCCGCCGCAAGGUCAUGUCGGCGCUCUCGUCAUCGUCCUCGCGCCGCCCAAAAAGUGCGGCCUCAUCUGCAGCCCCAGCCUCUUCAUCCUCGGAGGAGCGAGAACUCAAAACGAUUGCCGCCGCCCGCAAAAGCUUCAAGCGUCUCAAAGAAAAGACCAAAAAGUCCUUCAAAGCACUCAGCAAGUCCAAGAGCGCCGCCAUCACAAGCGCUGCCGCCUCAUCAGCAGCUCUCUCCGAGCGACCCCUCACCGUGCCUGAGCCCUUUGACUUCAAGACCGAUCGCCGCCUGGGUCCGCAUCGCAGCCACUCCAUGCGCCUGCGUAGUGAAACCACCACCCGCCGCGCUGGCAUUGAUACCACGGCUAGCGUGACCAAGCCCGAACCCUUCAAGUUGAGCCACGCUCAAAGUGUCAAGAAGAGCUUGGACGCAGAGUCAGCCGAGCCCUUCGUACCUUUGGCUGCUCAAAUUGAGCAAUAUCAGCGUGCCACCCCCCAGCGCUUCCGCAAACGCGCACACAAUGAUAGUCAGUACCGGCCCCAGCCCACCGAGGGCCGCCACGAGGUGCGCUGCACUAUCCCCAAGUCCCCAAAUAUCACCAAGCGUUCCAAGAACACCGAGGUUGGUUUGACCACGGAGGACAUUGAGCUGGCCGAGCUGGCCAAACAGCCCAAGUUCAAGGCGCGCCCAGUUAACUACGACAUCCUCGAAUGCGAGGCUGGUACUUACGGCGUCCCCAAAGUGGCCCCCAAAGCCCCAACCGUGCCCAAGUCACCCGCCAUCACCAAGUCCAAGAAUGCGCUCAGUGGUGAGAACUAUGAAACCUCCGACACAACCCAGACCGUCACCUUCAAGGCCAACGCCGUGCCGGAUUUUGCACGUCCGUUCCAGCCUCGCCGCUCCGGCCGUCACACCAAGGCCCGCCCCUUUAGCGGAAGCCACAUCUAUGAAGACCCGCGCGAGAAGCGGGCCCAGCUUGAGGCGGAGUACGAGGCCGAGCUUCAGCGACAACGCGAGUUUCGCGCCCAACCCAUGCCCGCAUUCGAGCCCGAGAUGGUUCGUGAGACGACCGAGCACAAGGCCCCCACUGAGGUUGAGCCCUUUCAGUUGGCCACGGAGGUUCGAGGCGAGUUGGCCCGUCAUAAGCUGCAAGUGCUGCAUGAAACUGAGGAACGGCUGCAAAAGCAACAACGCGAGUUUCGCGCCCGGGGUGCCGACGUUCUGGACAAGCCGGUCUUCUUGCCCACCAAAAGCACCAAGCCCUUGACCAGUGUAGGUAACUUUCAACUGAGCUCAGAUCUUCGUGCCAAAAAGCGUCGCGAAUUCGACGAAGCCCAGGCCGAGCAGCGACGUUUGCAGGAGGAGCAAGAGGCACUGGCACGCGCCGCAGCAGAGGAGCAGGAGCAGCAGGAGAUUCGACGCCUGCGCAACAAGCUUGUGCACAAGGCCUCCAAGAUUCGCUCCUUCAAGUCGGUGGACAUUGCACCAAGCCAGAAACGCUUGACAGAGCCCCAAUCACCGGCCUUUCGCAUUGCGGGCCGCAAGUGA